CCCUCCCUCCCUCUCUCUCUCUCUCUGUGUCUCUCUUCCUCCCAUCCAGUCCCUCUCACCCUCCCACUACUUGUUUCCUGCUCACUGUACACAGACGAAAACGGAGCGAAGGGCCAAAAUAGCCCUUUUCUUUCCAGAUUUUUCCUGCUGCAUCUUCUAAAUCCUGCAGUUUUACUCUCUUGCAACAACCGUGAGUAUCUGCUUUUGCUUGAUCAAAUAAACAGGCUAUAACAGGCUAUAUUGAAAUAGACCCACCCCCUCCCUCUCCUGACCACACACAGCUUAGUAAAGAGGUGGACGUGCAGAAAAGAUUGUAAACUAUGGCACAGAAGAAAAUGAGGGCAGAUCAGAGCUGGAAGAACUUUCAAGAAAUAUGCAGCAGCUACAUUGGAAAGGAGACAACAAAGGAGACAACCUGUUGCUUCUUCAUUGACACUGGCACAAAUGCAAUAUAAUGUGCAUUAAAAGAGUGCUCUAGCUGUCUUAAAUCUCAUCUGUUUCAUGGUAUGUCUUCCAAAUGUCUGUAAAAGGAAGCAGUGUGAGGGCUGAAUGACAGUCCUUACAGGCUGCAAACAUUGCUCCUUGAAGUAACUGACAGUAUCUCAUGCAACUAAAAGAACAAAGCCACUGUUUGGUCAGAAUGUGACAACGUCAGGCACAAAUCUGUCAUAAAAGAAGACUUUAAAACAAAAGUUUUCAUUUUCGUGUUUACUCCUGACUUUCUAAGAAGGUCAGCCCGGACUCUUGAUUUGACAACCUGCCAAUAAGCCGCCAUUUUCAUAUCUCUCUGAGUGUGUGAGUGUGUGUUCAUGUUUGCGUGUGGUAGGCCAGAGAGCGACUAGUGAUAGGACACGUAUGAUCAAAAGCAUUUCAGUGCAAUAAACUUCUGAGACAGUCAAACUUCCUCAUUUCAGACAAACCUCAGUGACUCACCGGUUACAUAAACAUAAAACAUAGUAGAUGACUAUUAGAGACAUGACAAACGAGAUGACAGAAAACUGAAUUUCCCUUCGAUUCCCUUCAAUGAAAUUCUUCUUAUUUGUAUUCUUAAAAUCUCUCUUUAUAGACAAAGAAAUAUGAUCACAGAGUUGCAUGGUACGGUAUUGUGUUGCAUAUGAAUGGUUGUCCUUUACUUGUGCACCUGUUUGGGACACAGUUUACCUCACGUCUACAGGUGCUCAUUUUAACAGUAAGGCCAUUAUGAGCAGACAGAUAGUCAGUUUAAAUCCCUUCACUAAUCACAUAAUAACAAAGAACGACGCCUGAAGCCAUCCUGUCUUCACUGGAGCAUCAGUGAUGAGCUGCUUGGACUUGUUAAUGAUAUUUUUGAAAGAUUAUAUCAUCGUAUUAUCAUAAAGGUCACAGUCUUGACAGUAAUAAGGAAGAUACCUUUUUUUACACUGCAGUGUUUUUAACAGUCAAAACUAAUGAAGUGGCCAGACUGGCCAAGCAGGGAUUUGUCAUUCAACCUUUUAAAGCACUUAAUGAGCUUCCCUGUUUUGAAUAACAGCACAUAGUGACAUAAGUAUGUCCACUCUUUACCCUUAACGGAAAAUCAAUAGCCAAUUAAACACCCAAACAAGAACAACAUAAAAUCUAACAAGCAAUAAAUAUACUCAGAAUCAGUGAUGAAGAGCAUGCAUGUAAGUGUGUGCAUGUGUGAGUGCAACUGUGGAAAAAUAACCACAUUUUUGCUGCUGUUGCCUUAGUUAUUGCCACCCACAAGUGCUCCUCAUGAAUCCAGCUCAGCGCUUUAGUCUUGUUUACAUUGGGAUUUUUCUCAAAUAAUAAUGCUCAGCAUUUUCUUUGCAAAAUUAGUAGUAGGGGACAAAUGGAGACUUAAUAUCUGCAAAAACUCAAAACUGAGCACCUGUGAUUUCAUGUAAAAUGAUCUCAUUAGAUUUAACAGUUGUUACAUUCACCUAACAAGUCCAGAUGAACAUCUUCAGUUAAGAUUCAACAAGUUAGAAAUAAGAGCCAAAUAGGUUUUUAGUGAGUAAAAAGAAAAAAAAAGGCAGGAAGGGUUUGUUUGCCAAUUUUUGUCAUAGAGGUGAAGAGCCUUGAAAUUAGAGUAAUGUCUCAAGCCACAAUAACCAAAUCUACUCAUCUACUUUGACAGUAUUUUACUCAUCAUAAAAAAUUUUGGUCUUUUUGCCUUGUAACAACUUAAAAUAAAAGAUUUGCCCAAGUCUUAUUUUGACAUUUUAACAAGAAAUGAGCACUUUUUUAUUUUUUAUACUUUAUAGCUUCAUACUGUUUUCCAAAUGAUUACACAAACAAUUUAACACUGUGAAUGCAGGGAACUUGCAGCGAGAACAUCCUUCACAGGAUGACUUCCAUUGGCAACAGAUGGCAGCAUUACAGACACAGAAGCAUAAAAAGACUUUUUUUCUAUCCAAUUAUUAUUGAUGUUUCCUCAUGUUCUGAUAGUGUACUGUGCAUAAACAACCACAAAGACUUACUGUAAGUAAGUAAAAUAUUUUAUAGAGAGUUUAAUUUGUCUUGUAGUGGUAAAAGCAAGUCACCCCUCUUUGUUGUAUUGAAGCCAUUGACUGUAUUUUGGGAGGUCAGAGGUGGUACAUUUUGAAUAGUAGUGUUUUGACAGGCUGCAUCAUCAAUCUUUGUAAUUAAAGUAGUUUAUUCCUCUCUAUUAGUGCAUGUGUUUUAUAAUGCUAAUGAGGAGAUAAUAUCAAGAACUGUCUUUUCUUACCUUUCUGUUUAUGCUGACGUGUUACAGAUGCUCCACCUGUCUGCACGGCGUGUGGGAAGCCUUCUGGCCAGGCGUGCUACAGCAGCCUUAUCCACCAGCAGCGCAAGGAUGGCCAGCCAUGGUACAAAGACAUCAAUGUGCUUUUCAUACACCCUUUGAAAUUAGAAGAGACUUUUUUAUGUUAAAAUGAAGAUAAGUCGCUACCAGGUGAAACUUAACACCUGCGUUAAGAGAAAGGGUCAACUUCUGUUACUGAACAUUUGCAGCCAAAUCAGGAAUUGAGGCCCUUUGGAAUAUUUUUACACUACUGCAACUAUAAGCCCAAUUCAAUAAAAGUUGGGAUGCUGUUUUAUAGAUCAAUUAUAAAAAAUAACACACAUUAUGAUGGUUUGCAAAUCGUUCAAAGCCUAUAUUCAAGACACAAAGUUUCCUCUUCACAAGGCAGAGCUUUAAUCUGCAUUGAAGGACAAACUGUUAACAGACAGUGUUUUAGAAAGUGAUUUUCAGCCCAUGCAGUGAUGUCCACAGCAGAGUCACGUCUGGUUUUAUUCUGUGCCACCGAAGGACCUGCCGAUCACAGCAAACAGCCUCUGAAUCUUUUUACAACAAAAUGAACUGUUAAUGCUGAAAUCCUCAAAUUUUAAUCCGAGGAACGUUAUUCUGCAGCUGUAAAAUAACAAUCUGAAAGAUUUAGCCUUCCUCAAUUUUCAACGAUAAAAUCACAAAAUGAGCAACAUUUUUUGUAAAACUUUUCCGUUUUAACAAUUGACGUGUUUUUUUUUUUUUUUCUUCAAUAUUUUCAAUUCAAUAUGUGGUUUGCAAACCAUCAAAAUUUGUUUUAAUCAGUAUUUGUGGAAAAAAAAAAAAAAAAAAAAGAGCACCCCAACACUUUUUAAGUCUAUAGUAGUUCCCGAAAAUAGCCUUAUCCUUACAGGUUUAGAAAUGUUGUUCAAAUUAUUUUCCUUAUAGCUAAUAUGGGUGAUUGUGGGAGUGGCAGCAGACAGCAGCAUUGUUUGCAGUGGCAGGUUCAACUGCAGUGCACCAAAUUUAGAUUACCCCAACAAGCAAGACAUCGUCAGUCUGAUGGAUAUUUGUCUACCACUCAGAAGGCUGAUGUGUCUGAACAGGAGGCCUCAGUCAGUACAUGUGGCCUCAGAACAGCAGGGGGUGCUGUUGUACCGUUAUGACAGAAUCAUCUAUCGAUACAGACAGCUCCUCUGUAAUCACGGUGAAGGAAACAUGACUGGAAAUGUUGAAGUGAUUCACAGCUGAACUCAAAAUAACAUUUCCUGAAUCAGUAUUUUGCAGUAUUGAGUUUUGAAAUUCAUCGUUCAUGUCUCUUUCCAUCCAGAUGUGGCACAAGCGGCAGACAUGUCUCAGCCAAUGUACUGGGACCGUCUGGACACCCCUCUGCCUGACAAACCCUUCAAAGACGUCCUGACUGCUGCUGACAAGAGCCUGAAACAGAAGGAGAAGGGACCCUGGAGCCAGCUGACCAAAGAGGAAAAGAUUGCCUGUAGGUUCUUUUAGACUUGCACAUUUGCAAAGAGUGUGUCCUCUCCCUUGGCUAGUAUUGUCCAGCACAGGCAUAGGCAGUGUUUUCUAACACUCAUAAAACUUGUCAAAUAUACAAAGCCCCUAAAGUCCUACAAAAGUGUUCAAUAUUUAUCCUGUGCACAAUAUAAUGAGCCAUGAUGAAUGAAGCUUUUGCUCUUUCUUUAGUAAACACUUGAGUCAAUAUGAAGUUGAACUAGAGGGUGCUGGUGUAGUUUUAGCUUCAGUUCAACUUCAUAUUGACUCGGGCGCUACAUGGCCUAACCAAAUGACACAUUGAAAAGCACACAAAGUGAAAUUAGACAAUAACCUUUCCACUUACUUCUUUGCUCGUCUUCUUGCCGCCGUCUUCUGUGCCUAGAUCAUAAAACACUGGUGCAUUAUGAUUAUUGGUCCUUGGCAGCUCACUUCUGUUGUGGCUUUUUAAAAUUUGCAUCCUUUUAUUUUCGGAGUAAGUGACUUCUUUUUUUUUUCCAUCACCACUCAUUUUCAUAAACUUUUGUUUCGGCUUUUUUUUAUCUGCACCGUUUCUUUUUUUAUAUGCAGUGGGCUUUGGUUUCUUUUCUCUUUUUUUCGGAUUGGUAACCUCUGUUAUGACUUUUUUAGUUUUUUAAUACUUUUUUCUUUUAGCAGCAGCAGCAGCAGUGGCGGUUCUCGGCCACUGUAGUAACCACUUACUGCAGCGUCCUUUAGCGAGACAUUGAACCUUAAAUCGCUCCUGAUUGUUUAUGUAACAAACCACGAUCUGUCAUGAGCCAAAAGGAAAAAAAAAAUGCAGACAAAAAGGAUUUAAUAAAUAAAAAACUAGGCUAGAAACAAAACAAAAAAAAUACAAGGAGAAAAAAAAUCCAACAAAAGACACUGGGAAAAAAAACAAAAAAACAAGAGAGUAGGGACUCACAUAUCAGGGAUCACAGGGAACAGGCAGACAUACACGCUUACAAUAAACCAACAAUGACAGAGGAAGGAAGACAGGGACUAUACACACACACACACACACACACACACACACACACACACACACAGGGAAACGAGCAACAGGUGAGGCAGACGAGACAAAGGUGAAACUCAUGGGUGAUUAACAAAGGAGGGAAAACUAGGGAAGUAAAAGCAGAUUGGAAACAAAAGGAAUCAACUACUAUAGUAGUAGAUUAGUUUUCAGUGUUUCCUGUUUUAUUUUGUAUACAAAAUAAAACAGGAAACACUGAAAAAAUAAUAAAACACAGAGAACAGGGGCCUGUUCUACGUAGCAGGAUUACUGCUUAGCGAGGUAACUUCGAGGGUAAGUUCGAGGUUUCCUGUUCUACGACGCGGGUUCACUUCUUAGCGAGGCGAGUCUCCAUGGCAACAUACGCUGAACAGCUAACCUGCUCCGGGGCAGGUUAGGUUCCAGAUUGAACUCACUGAGUAUAAAAACCCCGCCCACUGACCAAUGAGCUCUCUCGAAAAAUGGCUUGUCCAUUCUUGGAGGAUCCUAUAGACCUCGGCGCUCGCAUUGUCCGAGGAGCACUCCGGCGCGCAAGAGUUUUCAGGGACCACAUGGAGCUACUUCUUCGGAUGACCACCUUUAUGAAAGGCUCAUAUGGCCUACAUAUCACACAAAACAUGUAAACACAAUAGGAAUGAACAAAUGAAUGAAUUCAUCUUGGGAAUGAAUGGGCAUGGGCUGCGCGAUCACAGACAUCUCGGUACUAUUUAGUAGCAGCGCACGCCCCUUGUAAUAACCCCCGUAAAUACUGUUGUUCAGGACUGCUUACUUGUGCUUCCUACCUACUGUAAUAACCGUAGUUCUAGCCGACAUGCAACAUUUUUGUUCUCAUUUUUGAACCACUUAAAUCGGGAACAUUUUUGGGGACAGCUUUAGCUGGGGACAGAUCAUCCAAUUCAGGGACGUCUGGUCACCUUAGUUAAAAGCGCAUGUUGAACAGUGCUAUUUCAGAGAGAUAAUGGCAUCAUAGAUUACUUUUCUGCCAGCAUUCCCUCCGUGCUUUUGCAGCAGCGACGGUGUUGCUUUUGAGGUUUAUGAUAGAUUUCAAUUCUUCAUAUUUUCUCAUAAUCGCCUCCUGCUCCUCGUUUGUAUAGUCCGUGGUCCUUCGCUCUCUGGUUUGCUCUGACGCUCCAGAUUGGUCCAUGUUCCCGAUUGGUCAGAUGCAUUGAGCUCCGCCUUACAUGCGUGCACGCGCUCAUAGCUAUGCUGGAUCCACUUACGAGGUUGAUAACCAGCAUCGUAAGACCGUUUAGCGAGACCGCUGGCUACCGCGCUAAGUUGAGCGAGGUAGCUCCAAGGUGACCUCGCUAGGUUGAACUUGCUUCGUAGAACAGGCCCCAGGAGGGAACCAGGGUCAAACACAAACUGAAAACUCACAAGACUGGACUACAGGGGAACAGGAACAAUAGGGAACGGAAACACUCAGGACAGUGCACAGAAAAUACAUUCAAAUAACAAAACCGGUGAAAAACUAAAUCAACAGAGUAUAUCAUGACAUGAUUGACAGUAUUUAUAAAAAAGAAAUUAACAUCUUGCCAAUAAUGCCAUUCAGUUAAAAAUGGAGUAAUUGAUGGAGAGUGGAGUCAGCUUUACUGCAGAAUUUACAAAGAUGUGCACAAGAUAAAAACAGUCACCUCCUGAGAUCUCAGGGGCUCUGAGAAUUGCAUGUUAUUUCAUGAGUUCCAGUGUUGAAAUAUUCUCGCUGAGAUCAGUCAGACUUGGGGUUUUUCUGCACAGUGGGUAUAAUGUGGUUCAAAGUGGGCAAAUGUUACACACAUACCUGACUCCUCCUGAUACCUGUUUAACUCCUUGAUCAUGUUCUAAAUGUGUUCCACAGUGUACAGGAUGAGUUUCUGUCAGACUUACCCUGAGAUGAAGCAAAAGACAUCUGAGUGGAAGACUGUGAUAGGAGGGAUGUUCAUCUUUCUGGGUUUCACAGGCCUGGUGGUCUGGUGGCAGAGAAUCUAUGGUAAAUCUCUCUUUCUUCUUCAAAAAGCACUGAUUCUCUUUAAAGUUUAAUUCAAUAAUGCAGUUCAAGCCUAAAGAUGACACGUUCCAUGCUUGGCACAAAGCUUUUCCACGGCAGACAAAGACAUAGCACACCUGGAACUAAUGACAUUAACGAAGGUUGUGGCCCCUUUAAGUAUCCCAUUAGACCAAACCAGUUAGCCAGCAUGCACAAGACCAGAGCCAUCUCUACAAAGCCUGUUACCAAAAUAAGACAUCAUGCUUGCUUUUCGACGAGCACCGUGUCAGCUGCAGGUUUUUGAAUGUUGAUUCUGCAGGGCUUAAUUCACUGAAAUGUUAUUCCUCUGUGUUCUCUAGUCUACCCACCACAUCCCAGGACCUUUGACGAGGAGUGGCAGGCCAAACAAUUAAAAAGGAUGCUGGACAUGAGGAUCAACCCUGUUGAGGGCUUCUCUGCCAAGUGGGACUAUGAGAAGGGCCAAUGGAAGUAAAACCAUACCUGCACUGUGGCUAAGGUGGCACAGAGUAUGGACCUGUAACUUCAGAGCAUGGCUACGUCCCACUAUAAAUUAAAGUCAGUCCAUAUGAAUGUUGUAAAAACCACUGAAGACAGAUUGAUUUCUCUGUCAACAUAUCUGAGGUAAAUUUACUCUCUGCCACCUGCAGCCUCUUCUUCAGCCACUGCAGCCUUCCUGUCAUGGUGGAACCUGUGUCUGUACUGUUGUACCCAUAUCAAAUAAAGUUAUUACGCCUGAGUCUCUCUCAAACUCCUUUUAAACAAUCUGGAUUAAACUUUGUUGUAACAUUUUGUAAAUGCAAAGUCAUGCUCAGAACCGUGUAUAUUCCAAUGAAGAUGUCUACCAAUUUACUGAGGCUCCUGACAAGUCAUUACAUACAGUUUUAUGUAUUAAUUCACUUAUUUUUUUACAAGCUAGUUAUUAGUGAGAGUAGCUCAGAAAGGUUUAAGAUAUCAAAAACUAUAAUAUUAAGAGGUUUUAAAGAUCAAAUUUUUUAUAUCAAUUUCAGUCUCUUACAAUUUCAGUCUCUUACAAAUGUCAAAAAACUCCUUAUAGGAGCUUUAAUGGCCUCCAUGGCCUACCAAAAAGAAGAAUAAAACUGACCCCUAUGUCUAAAUGCAAUCACAUUAAAGAUGGUUUAAGUCAUUCAA